AUUAAAAUGGCCCGACCAGUCAAAAUGACUGAUCUGGUAUAUCUAGUGUUAAUAUGGAUAUAAUAAUGAGUAUUAUACAUUCUAUUUAAUAUGGAUAUAUUACUAAAUAUUGCAUUCUAUUAAAUGUGGAUAUAAAAACGAGUAUUGCAUUUUAUUCAAUGUGGAUAUACUGAGUAUUGCAUUCUAUGUAAUGUGUUGAUAUACCAACUAUUGCAUAGUUCUUAAUGUGGAUAUAAUAAUAAGUAUUGUAUUAUAUUUAAAAUGGAUAUACUGAGUAUUGCAUUUUUACUUAAUAUGGAUAUAGUAAGAAGUAUUGUAUUAUAUUUAAGGUUAAGUUAUAUCUAGGGACCCUAUAGGAGGGACGCGCCAUGUACAUUGCUGGGGGACAGGAACUCGUGUAGUCAUGUGAUUACGCGCGAAUAAUUCAAACGAUAAGUUAUAGGUUAGGUUUAUACAUUUAUAAUUGUAAUUAUUAAAUGAGUAAAUUAAACUUACACUUAUAGAAUACUACUAAAAAAACAUGGCUGCACGAUGCAACGGAAGCUGUCCCCCCACAUUUUCAGCCUAGCAAUGUACAUGGCGCGUCCCUCAUAUAGGGUCCCUAGUUAUAUCUAACCCUUAGCAUUCCAAGUGUUCCUUUCAUGCACCACGGAUGUGCAACGUUCUACUUCAAAUAUAUCGUUGAGUUGUUAUCGAAAUGGAUAAAAGUAAUGAAAAUCUAGAUAGCCACAAUGAGAAGCGAAGAGGUGUAUUUAGAAGUGUUGUUCAACCAUCACAAUCAAGAAACGCAGAAGAAAAGCAAAGACGUAGAGAAGAAUGGAAAAAGCAAAUGAAACUUCAACAAGAACAUGAAAAAUUAAAAAAAAGAAAGAUAUUAGAAUACGAAUUAAAUCGUUAUCGUGAAAUAAAAGCAAGAAGCAGCAGGGGAAGAUCAGCAAGUGAAAGCGAUAGAAAAACAAGAGAUAGAUCUUCCCGAGAUAAAUCAUUGGACAAAAAAAUAAAAGCAACGAGUUCUAAAUCAUCCAACAUGGCUGAUAAAUCGGGUUUUUCAAGCAGAGAUGAUUCAACUACCAGAUUUCGAGGACCGGAAGGAGUUAAAAUAAGCAAGGAAGAAUUACGUACUAUUACAGUAAACAUACACAGAAAAUUGUCUGUUGAAAAUCCAUCGUUCGAAAUAAAUCGUGACAUUCUUGUACCGGAGGAAAUUGUCAUACGCAGAAGAAGUGGAGAAGGUUCUAAACCAAUAUUUGAAAGGGAAGAACUAAAAAGCAAUACUAAGGAACAUACAACAGAAAUCUUUGAAGAACGUCGUACAGUGAAGGCCGCUAAAAGUAGUGACACAGGUAGAAAAUCGGAAUCACUUAGAAGACGUUCUUCACCAUCUUCUAAUGUGUCAAGGCAUCGUAGUCACCGUUCUUCGUCUUCUCAACGUUCCAAGUCAAUAGAAUCGAAACAUUCGAGUUGUAAAUCUGAUUGUAAUAUUAGGGAAAAAAUUGAUAGACGACACAGUAGAGAAAGAUCUCGUGAAAGGGGUAGAAGAAGAUACAUUGAACAUGAUGAUCGUCCAAGCGGUAGUAGCAACAGGUACGAAUCAUCGUCUCGAAAUGUAGAAAGGGAUUCUUAUCGGGACUAUAAAAAAUAUCUACGUGAUCAUUGUUCCAACCAAAAUUAUAGUCAUAGAAGUGAAUCACGGAGAGGGAGUGAUAAGGAAGAGGAAAGAGACAGAAGUAGCAGCAGCAAACUUAGGACGAGUCAUUAUAGUGAUAGGGAAAGAAGAUCUAGGUCUCGUUCUCGGUCCAGAGAUAGUAGGUAUAGGGAGAGACGGCAAGUGGCACAACCUCCAUAUGACAUCAACCAGAUACCUUAUCCAGUUUAUUACGGGCCACGACCUAUGAUGGUAGGACCAAUGAUGCCAAUCAGAGGUCAAGUUCCUAUACCUAGGGGCAGAUUACCACCUUCUGGCAUAGGACCUAUAAGACCCUUCCCACCACGUUUUAUGCCGCCAAAUGCAUAUAGAUUUGGUCCACCAUCUAAUUAUUGGUUUGGACCAAUGCCUUAGUCAAAUUUGUGUUUGGAGAAAAUUUUGGUAAUAAUUUUAUAUUUAAUUGAUACACAAUUAUUUUAUCAUAUAAGAUCAUUGUAAUAUCUAUUUUAACAAAUUGUUACGUUAAAUUAAUUUAACGUAAACUUAAUUUUAAGUUCUUAAUCGAUGAUGAAGUAAUUAAAAUCUUGUACAUUGAAUAACGAAAUAUAAAUUGUAUUUAAAAUGAA